AUGUCCUUCCUAGGUCCUCGGUGCCGCCUGCCUUUCGAUGCCCCUUAUGUCACCAACGGUGGCGUUUUCUGCACCGUCUCCGAUGACGCUCCGACGACUCAGAAAUGCCGAGUGAUUUGCUCUCCAGGCUUCCACAAUGUCGGAGAAGAGAUGCUGCUCUGUGAUACGGAGACUCGCCUCUGGCUAAGAGACCCAGCCCAUUCCCAGAGCUGCCAGAGGCUCCAGCCAUUCCAGAGCGUUCAAACUCAAACCCACUUCCAACUCAUCUUGCCUCCUGAGAAGACCUGUGGUCCAGACUUUUCCAAGUUGCUAGGGGAAUUCCAGAUCUUUAUUCUGGAUGAGAUGAAGGCCCGUGGCUUUUGUCAUAUUCAGGUAAAUGGUUUUGGACACCUGGUGUCUGUUCCUGUCUGCGAUGAUUCUUCUGUGCUGGUACAGUGCCUUGCUGUUGACCGUCUAGGAGUGAACAUCACCUGGAGAGCUUUUCUGGAGGACGUCCCAGCUGCUUCGCUUCCAGAUUUGCACAACAUUGAAAGAGCAAUGGUUGGGGACAAUCUCGUUGGACGCUUUGAGGAACUAGUUAAGAGUGGUGGCUUCAUCCUCCAAUUGGGCCCUGAGCAAUUCCAAGCAGACACUUCCAUUAGUUUCCUCGGGAAUGGCAAUUUUGACACAUCUCCUGAAGUCCGCCUGGGAUGCAGGAGUGGCUACCGAAAGGUUUUCAAUGCUGGAGAAGUUGCCCCAAGUCUCCAAGGAUGUGAUGUCUGCAUCGAAGCAUGGAUGUCUGGGGUGGGGGCAGCGGACUGCAUGGUGUUGAAGGUGGGACCUUUGGUGCAAAUGCACAGCCCCACUUCUUCCCACGGAUAA